AUGAAUUUGCAGCAGGGCUGUGCGCCCGCGCCGCACUCGCGGCGCUUCAGUCGCAUACAUCAUUCGACGCCAUUUUCACGGAGACCACGAGAUUUUCCUGAACAAUUGCCCUUGACGCUGAUGACGCUUGUCGAAAGACAGGAAGACGAUCCACCUAUGAUCAUGGACGCAGCCCGGGAGGACCGUGGUAAAACCUCGAGACCUGUGAGGAACAGGCGACAUACACGCCGAUGUCUCGUGUCUGGCCAGCGACCGCAGAAGAGAUUAUUCACGCCUGAAAUUAAACGUUACUUAAAAGAUUGGCUAGUGCGGCGGAGAGACAAUCCGUAUCCCAACCGCGAAGAAAAAAAAAUAUUAUCCCGCGAAACUGGACUCACAUACAUCCAAAUUUGCAAUUGGUUCGCAAACUGGAGGAGGAAACUUAAAAAUGUAAACGCGGAGCGAAAUGAAAUAACAUGGGGCCAUCUUAUUCGUACAUACAAUGAUCGCGCUCAGGGCAACGUAGAACAAUUCAGUAUCUGCUCCGAUGACAGCAUAUGGAGUGAACCAGAAGGCAUGAGCCCUCAACACCAAACAAGUGAAUCCGAUGGAUUCGAAGUCAACUCCGACUUUAGAUCAGACUUUAAAAAUACAUCAAUAGAACACAAAAGCUUCAAUAAUAACUGUAACGAAAUUGAUCACAAAAGCGAUGAAAUUAACUGUAGUAAUAACGCAAACACACAAAACAGCCCAGUGCUUCUGAGCAAAUGGUUGGAGAGUGCAGCCAAGUUUAAGCCAAGUGAGACCAACUAUUCAUGGUGGCCUGAAGGGAGGAGAAAAAAGCAGCAUCCAAAGCCGCAGCGCGUUACUAUUAACAACUUGGAACACGAUAGAGACGAAGUGGAAGCAGCAGUAGCUCUUACGACUUUGGCAGCCAGUCGUAUCAGUGCCGUUUGA